GUGAUAGAGUUGGCUCAACGGAACCAGUUCCAUUAGGAUGAAUUUCAGCGCUUUCGGAAAAGUGAUUGUUGCCUAGAGCAGUAGGAAGCUUUUUGCGCGAAUGAAAUCUAGCCAACUACAGAAGGAGUGUAGUUUGUCGUUGAUAGCCACUCUGAGUUUCGAAUGGGAAGGCCCCAUCUCAGCCUGAUGAGGUUUUGAUAUUUUAAAACUUUUAAAUGGUCACAUUUUAGGGCAAUGUCAAUAUUACAGAUAACUUUUUAAAGCAGAGCCAAGUGGUACACACCUGCGAUGUCAUUUACUGGGGGAUGGAGGCCAGGAGACUGUGCUGGAGACUGACACUAGUCCUGUGAUCCUCAGCCUAUGGUCGAAAAUUAUUGGCUUUUGUUGUUAUUUCCUUUAUGUUUUCUGACCGAAUGUGGGUGACAUUUAUUGAUGGAACUGACAGGCGAGCAUCCUAGGCCCCUCUUCUUGGGCGGCAGAUGGGAACUCUGAGGAGGGGAAGAGUCCUCAGCACUGGGCGGCCUUCCCUUUCCUUUUGUGUUUUUCCUGGGAUGGGUGGUCCAGGGUACACCCUGAAGACCAUGUCGAACACCACCUGUUGCCAUAGCCAAAUUCACUGUGCCAGUAAAUGAGUUUGACACAAUGGUAGUUGAGUGGAAUGAGAGCCUCAACAUUAAAGGUGGAAGAAUGGGUGUCACUGUUGAGACCUCAGAAGACAACUGGAUCCUCAGCGUAGCCCAGGGUGCCCUGGAGGGAGUCCCUCUGAUACCUGCUUCACCACCUUCUUGAUGCUGAACUUGCUAUUUCGAAUACUGACCCCUAGCUUUGGAAGUAUUAGCGGAUUGUUACUGAAACAGCAUAUAGUGCCAAAUGCAAUCAGACCAUGGCAGCUUUCAGGUAGUACUUACUAUUUUAGCACCUCGCGGAUGAAACAGAAGAAUAAGGACAAUAAUAAACCCAAAGGCAAGGCCCCUGAAGAUGAUGAAGAGGAGAGGAGACGAAAAGAGCGGGAAGACCAGAUGUAUCGUGAGAGGCUGCGCACCUUGUUCAUCAUUGCUGUUGUGAUGAGUCUGCUGAACUCCCUCAGUACCAGUGGGGGCAGUAUUUCCUGGGCCGACUUUGUCAAUGAGAUGCUGGCUAAAGGCGAGGUGCAGCGUGUGCAGGUGGUACCCGAAAGUGAUGUGGUGGAAGUCUAUCUGCAUCCUGGAGCCGUGGUGUUUGGGCGGCCUCGGCUGGCCUUGAUGUACCGGAUGCAGGUUGCAAAUAUCGACAAAUUUGAAGAGAAGCUUCGAGCAGCUGAAGAUGAGCUGAACAUCGAAAGCAAGGACCGGAUUCCCGUUUCCUAUAAGCGAACAGGAUUCUUUGGAAACGCCCUCUACGCCCUGGGGAUGACAGCAGUGGGCUUGGCCGUCCUGUGGUAUAUUUUCAGACUGACUGGGAUGGCAGGAAGGGAAGGCGGAUUCAGUGCUUUCAAUCAGCUUAAAAUGGCACGUUUCACCAUCGUGGAUGGGAAGACAGGGAAAGGAGUCAGCUUCCAAGAUGUGGCAGGAAUGCAUGAAGCCAAACUGGAAGUCCGAGAGUUUGUGGAUUAUCUGAAGAGCCCAGAACGCUUCCUUCAGCUUGGUGCCAAGGUUCCAAAGGGUGCCCUAUUGCUGGGACCUCCUGGUUGUGGGAAGACGCUGUUGGCCAAGGCAGUAGCCACGGAGGCUCAAGUGCCCUUUUUAGCAAUGGCUGGCUCGGAGUUUGUAGAGGUCAUUGGAGGCCUGGGAGCUGCCCGUGUGCGAAGCCUCUUCAAGGAAGCCCGGGCCCGAGCCCCUUGCAUAGUGUACAUCGAUGAGAUCGAUGCUGUGGGGAAGAAGCGGUCCACCUCCAUGUCUGGCUUCUCCAACACAGAGGAAGAACAGACCCUCAACCAGCUCCUGGUCGAGAUGGACGGAAUGGGCACUACAGACCAUGUCAUCGUCUUGGCAUCCACGAAUCGAGCUGAUGUUUUGGACAAUGCUCUGAUGAGGCCUGGGCGACUUGAUAGGCAUGUCUUCAUUGAUCUUCCCACUCUGCAGGAGCGGCGGGAGAUUUUCGAGCAGCACCUGAAAGGCCUGAAGUUGACCCAGCCCAGCAGUUUCUACUCCCAGCGACUGGCAGAGCUGACGCCAGGAUUCAGUGGCGCCGACAUCGCCAACAUCUGCAAUGAGGCUGCCCUGCAUGCUGCCCGGGAGGGGCACACAUCUGUCCACACGUUCAACUUUGAGUAUGCGGUGGAGCGUGUCAUUGCCGGAACUGCUAAAAAGAGUAAGAUCCUUUCCAAGGAGGAGCAGAGAGUGGUUGCCUUCCAUGAGUCUGGCCAUGCCUUGGUCGGUUGGCUGCUUGAGCACACAGAAGCUGUAAUGAAGGUCUCCAUAGCACCUCGAACAAACGCUGCUCUGGGCUUCUCUCAGAUGCUCCCUCGGGACCAGUAUCUCUUCACCAAGGAACAGCUGUUUGAGCGGAUGUGCAUGGCGCUAGGUGGUCGCGCGGCUGAGGCCAUCUCAUUCAGCAGGGUGACCUCUGGGGCCCAGGACGACUUGAAGAAGGUCACCCGCAUUGCCUACUCCAUGGUGAAACAGUUUGGGAUGGCACCUAGCAUUGGGCCUGUCUCCUUUCCUGAGGCACAAGAGGGCCUCAUGGGCAUUGGACGGCGUCCCUUCAGUCAGGGCCUCCAGCAGCUGAUGGACCAUGAAGCCAAACUGCUGGUGGCUAAGGCCUACAGACACACUGAGAAGGUGCUGCUAGACAACCUGGACAAGCUGCAGGCGCUGGCGAAUGCCCUUCUGGAAAAGGAAGUGAUAAACUAUGAGGACAUUGAGGCCCUCAUUGGCCCACCACCCCACGGGCCAAAGAAAAUGAUCGCACCACAGAAAUGGAUUGAUGCUGAAAAGGAGAAACAAGCCUCGGGGGAGGAGGAGGGUCCGGCUCCCUAGCCCCCACCUCGAAGGCCCAGCUCCACUUUUCUCGACUGCACCUGCAGUUAACUCGGAACUUGUCGACCAGCUGCCAUCAGCCUCUGAGAGUCUUCUCACCUGAAACUUUAAUCUCAGCCUCUGUCAGCUCUCUCUGGUUUCUCAUGAAGACUUCUGAUAACUAUUUAUUGAUUCAGGAUUAGUAAAUCGUUGGCAGAGAC